GUAAUUUAUUCUGAAUUAUAAAUAAUAUAUAUCUAUAUAAAAAAUAUGUCAACUCAUAUUCAUUCUAAAGGCUUAAUCACACUUGUUGCGUUAUUAGUUUGUCAACUUUCACUUAGUUCAGCUGACAAUGGUGGAUUAGACGGAAAUCCUACCACAACUGCAACAACUGCUGCCACCACCACAGCCCAAGAUACUACUACUUUACAAACAGCCACUGAAACCCAAACCAAUACCAAUACCAAUACCAACACUAACACCAACACCAACACCAACACUAACACCAAUACUAAUACUGAUACAGCUACUACUGGAAAUACCCAAACAACAGGAACAGAAACUGGGGUCACAUAUAACCAAUAUGGGUUUACUGGAUCCCAAUCAGUAUGGGAACCAGACACUUUGACAACUGCUACAAAUUCCAAUUCCAACUCCAAUUCCAACUCAGUUUCUGGCUCUCAAUCAUCAUCAAAUUCACAAACUACACAUUCCAUAAAAGGUAAUAAAACUUCGUCUGCCAACAAAAUAAGCUAUGGAUUGGUCAGUAAAAACAUGAGUAUGAAAGAUCUCAUGAUCAUUGGAGGUGCCAUAGCUGCUGGAUCUGUUGUUAGUCUUUUGUAAGUACCAUGUUUCAUACUUUCUGUAUAUAAAACAAAUUAGAAACGUUUAGAGAUCGCCAGGAAGAAAAAAAAAAAAAAAUAAACAUCAAAAUUAUUUAUAGCGCG